AUCAUCAUCAUCUACCGAGCGCAACAAGCAUGCGACCCUUAAAGAGCAUCUUUAAUGUCAUCAGCCUAUUGAACCUCUCUGCAUCAAUAGCAUCGAGAUGAAACUCGUGGCUGCCUUAUUAUCCGCCGGAUUCGUCCCCCAUGGUAGCGGUGUGCGGAGCAGCCAGGGAGGAGGCUUCCAAAGAAGUAUUCGUGCCGGAACAAACCGCGAACAAGCACCGGCAAAGAAGGACGGGGAAUAUUGCAUCAAAGAGCAACAAGACAUAUCAACAUCCCCUUCCGCGGGUCCAAGUGCUGGUCGCCAAGAUCAAGAUGCGAUUCAAAACCAUUCCCGCGAAGACAACAGUCAUCCUGCUCUCGUGGAGGUUCGCGGUUCGUCAUCGUCUGGUGAGAGCGCCGCCAGUGCGGAAAACGAGACCAACAGCGCGGAGGCAGAAACUGGAAGUAGACAAGAGAUGAUGAUGAACCCACGUCUAGCACGUCCAGGACACACGCAUGUGAAUUAUGGGGGCCGCCACGCUGCACAGUCAGAGACAGUAAAUUCUACAGCACGAGGACCUGGAGGUGGUCGCGGCG